UGUGUGUGUGUGACGCCUAUAGCAACAUGUCAGUGAUGAUCAGGUAUGUUGUCUACCGGUGCCUGAGGCUAGCAUCAUACCGAGGGAACGGUGAACAGAGAUGGACUUCAGCGGCAAAUGGGAAAUCUAUGCGCAAGAAAACCAUGAAGAGUUCCUCCAGAAAAUGGAAGUGCCUCAGAUGUUGGUGAAGAUGAUGAAGGAUGUGAAGCCGGUGACGGUGAUCGAACAGAACGGUGACGACUUCACCAUCAAGAUCCAGACGAGCCUGCGCACCGUCACUAACUCCUUCACUGUCGGGAGAGAAUCAGAGAUGACCUCCAUGGACGGAAGGAAGUUUCAGUGUACUCCGAGUCUCGAGGAUGGGAAGCUCGUAAUUACUACAGAGAAGUUCACCAGCAUGAGAAAAAUCAUAGGGGAGGACAUGAUUGAGACGAUUUCAGCGGGCUCCACAGUCAUGACCAGGAGAAGUAGAAGGGUAUAAUUCUCUCAACAUAACGGAUGAGUCCAUGAACCAAAUACCCUUGUUACUGUUGUGUCUUAUAGGCUACUGGUAGG